UAUAUCCUAGGGUGUAGGGUUUUGGUCGGCACCGCCUCUCCUCCUCCUCCUCCUUCUUCCUCGCGCCGCGUCUCGUCCCCCUCACCGCCGCUCCACUGCCCCGCCGCCCCGCACUACCGACGAUGGCGGCGCCACCGAAAUGGCCCGCCCGCGUGGUGCGGGAGACGUUUCUUUCGAGUCGAAGGCGCACACCCGGUGUUCCCCGAGCACCAUCCUCGCCGCAAAGGAUUCCCCUCUACUUUUCGCCGACGCCGAGAUGAAUCAGUUCAUGCCGGUGCUCCUCGACACCGCUGCACAAGGCUCGCAGCUCGGAUGCCCGGGACACGCCUGCAAAUCUCUCCGCUGUAUCCCCGUCGCCGUCGAUGAUAGGCACCUCACCUUCACCGAGGUUCUGGGGAACUGGUCCUUUGGGGACUACUUCAAGGAGGAGGCAAUUGGAUUUGCGUGGGAGCUCUUGACUAAGGUCUACGAAUUGGAGGUUGAUAGAAUUUUUGUGACAUAUUUCGGAGGUGAUGAGAAAUCGGGCUUAGCCCCUGAUCUGGAGUCAAAACACAUAUGGCUUAAAUAUCUACCAUCAGAUAAAGUUCUACCUCUUGUCAACAAGGGUAACUUCUACCAAAAUGGUGACACUGGUCCUUGUGGACCGUGCAGUCAAAUAUAUUUUGAUCAGAUUGGUCAUCAUGAUGUUGCUUCAUUAUUGAACAAUGAUGACCCUGGUUGUAUUGAGAUAUGGAAUCUUGUUUUUUUUCAGUUCAAUAAGGAAGCAGGUGGCAUAUUGAUGCCAUCAUCAGCCAAACAUGUAGGCACUGGACUGAACUUCGAACAAUUAACUUCUAUACUUCAGAAGAAAAAGAGCAAAUUUGACACCGACAUAUUAAUGCCGACAAUUGACUCCAUCCGCCAAUGUACUGGCAAUGAAAUUCAACCAUACUCUGGUAAAUUUGGUCCUGAUGAUAUUAAUGAAGUUGAUUUGGCAUACCGGAUAGUUGCAGAUCACAUAAGAACAAGUAGUUUUGCUAUUGCCGAUGGUUCUCAGCCUGGAAUUGAGAUAGCAAGGAAUAUGCUUAGGCGGGCUAUUUACUUCGGUCAUCAAAACUUGAAGGCCAAGCAACGAUUUCUUACAAUCCUUGUAAGUGCAUUUAUCGAAUCAAUGAGUGGAGACUUUCCUGAGCUUUUACACAAUGAAAAGAAGAUAAAAGAUAUAAUUGCAGAGGAAGAAAUCACUUUUGCAAAGGACAAGAAGAAAUUUAAAAAGAAAGACAGCAAAAGGCGGAAGAAGGAGAAGAAUAACACUGAACAAAAUGUUGUGGUGACCAGACCUCCGAAGGUGUCCUACAAGACUAGGACAAUUGAUUUCUUUGGUCGUCCCACUCACAUUAUUCACCAGCAUGAGAAUGGGCCAUGCGGUCUUAUCGUGAUCUGCAAUGUUCUUCUCCUAAGGAGUGAGAUUGGAUUGUUCCUAAACAAAACUGAAGUGAUGGAGGAUGAUCUUCUUAGUCGUAUCAUUUCUCGCCUUAAAAGAUGCAGAAAGAUGCAGUUUGAGUUGCAUGAGGGUUUUCAGUACUCAGAAUUCCAACAUAAAGUUUUAUCUGUAGCAAAAAACCUCUGGAGAGAAGUAUGCAUAAAUGUGACUUUUAAAAGUACUGAUGGCUUUGUGUUCUCACCUGAAUAUGCACUUUUUGAUUAUCUUGAAAUCCCUGUAUUCCAUGGGUGGCUUGUGGAUCAGUUGCACUUCAAUGCAGCAUCAUGCUUAAUGUGGUGUCUUUGCUUUGCUGCACGGUACCUUUCUCGCAUUAUCAGACGCAGUAAUGGAACACCUCAGCCCAUUUGAAGCCUGUAGAUGUAGGAGGUGUUGGCCCAUGUGGCCCAGAAGUGUUGUUGUGGUGGUGUUUUAGUACCAACUCGGAAGUUUAGGUGAGUGGGGGCCUGCUUAUAUGAAGCGAGUUAACCCUUUUACAUGAAGUGAGGAUGAAAGUGUAAGCAGAGUAUUAAAAUUAAACUGGCUGUUUUGCUGGA